GCAAUUUACUCCUUCCUUUGUUUUCUUCCUUCGUUCGUUCUGGUCGUUUCAGUGAAUCGAUCUCGCCCACCAAACCCGACCACCCGAUCCCCCGGACAGCCGGAGAGCGAGACGAAGCGGCGACGCCUACCGCAACCAUGCUCAGGGUCGCAGGUCGACGCAUAUCCUCCCACCUCGCAUGGCGCCCCGCCGCGGCCGCCUCCGCCGGCGGCCUCCCUGGCGACGACUUCCCCCGGGACCAGAAUCCGCGCUUCGCCAUCGAAUCACCCUUCUACGUCGCUGCCAGAGGCUUUUCGGCUGAAUCUCUUGUUCCGAGGAACCAGGAUGGAGAGUUGGCUGAGCUCACACCAACUACAGCAGCUCUGAAGAAUCCCUGUGCCAAAAUUGUGUAUGAUGAGUAUAACCACGAGAGGUACCCACCUGGUGACCCCAGCAAGCGUGCCUUUGCCUACUUUGUGUUGAGUGGUGGGAGAUUUGUGUACGCAUCCUUGUUGCGUUUGCUCGUCUUAAAGUUUGUCCUGAGUAUGUCAGCAAGUAAGGAUGUGCUUGCCCUCGCUUCCCUUGAGGUUGACCUGUCAAGUAUUGAGCCCGGUACCACUGUGACUGUAAAGUGGCGGGGCAAGCCAGUUUUCAUCAGGCGCAGGACUGAAGAUGAUGUGAAGCUGGCCAACAGCGUUGAUGUUACAUCUCUCCGUGAUCCACAGGAGGAUGCGAUGCGUGUCAAGAACCCUGAGUGGCUUGUUGUCAUUGGUGUCUGCACUCACUUGGGCUGCAUUCCCCUCCCCAACUCUGGGGACUUCGGUGGCUGGUUCUGCCCAUGUCAUGGCUCACACUAUGACAUCUCAGGUAGAAUCAGGAAGGGCCCAGCACCAUACAACCUGGAGGUCCCGACCUACAGUUUCUUGGAAGAUAACAAAAUGCUUAUUGGCUAAGAGCACUGGCCGUAAGAUUAAUCCCUAUGGUGCUGUGCUGCCAUUUUGUGUUGGUUUGACGAUUCAUCUUUUUGUUGCUUGGAUAGUCCUUUGAUGGACUGUUAUCUUAGUGCAGUACUCUUACUAGCACUGGAUAGUAAAGAAUAAUCUGCUGCUACUUUGGUACUGUUAAUUAAUUUCCAAAUAUGGCCGUGUUUUCUGGAGCUCA